UCCUUCACAUGCAGAGCUCAGCUGCCCAGUCACGCCCACUCCCCCCCUGUUCAUCCUCCUAUAAGACAACCUCCAGUCCAACCCGCCAAACCACCAACACAACAACAUACAACAUUUGCAACAGCAGCAACAAUAACACCUUCUCCUCCUAAGCUUCUUCUUCUACCUCUAGCUCAUCAGCUCUCAGCUACUGAUCAUCAAUCACUUCAGCCACCAAAGAAAGAAUCCAUCAGCUGUCAACCAUGGUGCUCCUUCCUACUGACCGCAUGGACAGCCUCUUCUCCCCUCGCUGCGUGUGGGUGAACGGCCCCAUCAUCAUCGGCGCCGGUCCCUCGGGCCUCGCCGUGGCGGCGUGCCUGCGCGAGCAGGGCGUCCCCUACGUCAUCCUCGAGCGCGCCGACUGCAUCGCCUCGCUAUGGCAGAAGCGAACGUACAACCGCCUCAAGCUCCACUUACCGAAGCAGUUCUGCGAACUCCCGAGAAUGCCCUUCCCCGACCACUAUCCCAAGUACCCCACCCGCCGCCAGUUCAUCGACUACCUUGAGGACUACGCCGCCAAGUUCGAGAUCAAGCCCGAGUUCAACAGCACCGUGCAGUCGGCGCGCUACGACGAGACCUCCGGCCUCUGGCGCGUGCUUACCUCCGCCCCGGCCACCGGCGACAUGGAGUACAUCGGCAGCUGGAUCGUUGUCGCCACCGGCGAGAACGCUGAGAGCGUCGUACCGGAUAUCCCCGGCCUCGAAGGCUUCGACGGCAAGGUCACCCAUGUUAGCGACUACAAGUCCGGUGAAAUUUACAACGGCAAGAGCGUGCUCGUUGUCGGCUGCGGCAACUCCGGCUUGGAGGUCUCGCUCGACCUCUCCGACCACGGCGCGAAACCCGCCAUGGUGGUGCGCGACGCCGUCCACGUCCUGCCACGCGAGGUGCUCGGCAAGUCCACUUUCGAGCUCGCCGUGCUACUCAUGCGCUGGCUCCCGCUCUGGAUCGUCGACAAGAUCAUGAUCCUCCUCGCAUGGCUCGUUCUCGGUGACCUCGCCAAGCUCGGCCUCCGCCGCCCCGCCGCCGGCCCGCUCGAGCUCAAGGAGACCCACGGGCGCACCCCGGUGCUCGACUACGGCGCGCUCGCGCGCAUCAGGGCAGGCGACAUCGCCGUCGUGCCCGCCGUGAAGCGCUUCGCCAAGGGCACCCAGGUUGAGCUCGCCGACGGCCGUGUCCUCAACUUCGACGCCGUUAUCCUCGCGACCGGCUACCGCAGCAACGUGCCCCAAUGGCUCCAGGGCAACGACUUCUUCACCAAGGACGGAUACCCCAAGAUCGCCUUCCCCCACGGGUGGAAGGGUCAGUCUGGCCUCUACGCCGUCGGCUUCACCCGCCGUGGUCUCUCUGGCGCCUCGGCCGAUGCCGUGCGCAUCGCCGCGGACCUCGGCAAUGUCUGGAGGGAGGAAACCAAGCCCUCCAAGAGGCCUGGUGCCUGCCACAGGCGCUGCAUCUCCGUCGUCUUCUAAACUGAUCGAUCGAUCGAUCGAGCCGUCACGAAGCUAACUUACUGAAGACCACACACACACAUACAGUUGUUCUUGGUGUUUUAGUUAGCCACUCCAAUCCCCUUGGUUUGUUGUUGAUUUGUUCUUUCCCUGGUAAAUUACUAGUACGGUGUCGUUAAUUAGGUUAUACGGUAAAAACAGUGAGAGUGAGUUGAGUUAAAAAAAACUAGAAAAUGGAGCCCUCCCGUCAGUGGGAAGUGAGUGAGCCCUAUAGGGGAUUUUUACUGCAGCUAUGGGCGCUAGCUUGGUGUAUAGUAGCAACCUGUUGGCGUGGAAGAAGAGGCUCUUUGUCAUUGACCUAGCAUGUUCAUUUCAUUGUUGUAUACACUCCAGUGUAGUGUUCUACUACACUUUGUAGCAGUAGCUAGUUUUAGUAGUUUUAUAUGGUUAGUGAAGAGGUAGUACCUCUUGUUGUAAUCUUUUUUGUUCUUUUACUGAUCUUUGUAUGGCUCUUUACUUGAGAGUGAAUAUAUAUAUAUGGCUACUAGUGUAAAA